AUGUCUGACUUUCUUGGGGUUAAAGACUCCUUUGUUAAAUCCGAACCACAAUCCAGUAUCAAUUCAGGCACAGUUUCAGCAGACCUGGCAUCACCCCCAAGUAACAAUAUGUCGAAGUUACAAUCCUUAAACAUACCAAACAUGAAUAUCAAGACUGAAUCUGGAGACAAAUUCUUACUGAGAUCACUUGAUAUUAAGAAACAACUCUCACUGUCGUUCCAAGGAACGCCACUGCAUGGAGGAAUAACGAAACCGCAAUCAAGAAGGAACUCUGCAUAUGCAAUCAAAUCAAAUGAUGGGAGUGAAGAUGGUAGUGACGAUGAAGAAGACGAUAAUAAUAAUAAUGGUAGUGGUAAUAACAAGAAUAAGAAUGAGGAACAAGGACAUGAGCGUAAAAGAAGAGACAAUAUUAAUGAUAAAAUACAAGAACUUUUAACAUUAGUUCCGCCUGAAUUUUUCCAAGAAACACAUCCACUGAAUGUCCCACAACCACUGAACCAACUGGAGCACGAUGCAGCAAUUGCAGCUGCCGUUAAGAAUUCUGGAACUAAGGAUGGGAAACCAAAUAAGGGUCAAAUCUUGUCAAAAUCUGUAGAAUACUUGCAAUAUCUCCAGAAUUUAAUUGAUGAAAACAAUCGUAAAGAAGUUGAAUUGAUAAUGAAACUUAAGAAAUUGCAAAUGAAGGAAUCGGGUCAACUGAAUAUACCAAUUAAUGUCGGACAUACUAGCGCAGAGCGUGCGUUAGGAGAAAUAGGAGUAGGACCACUUUCUGAUGAAUAUUUCAAGAAGGUAUUACAAUCGAGUUCUAAACGGUCUAAUGCAGUGGGAAGUCCUUGA